AUGGCGGUCAGCAGCAAGCCGUUGCCAGCGAAAGAGAGCGCGCUCUUUCGCUCGAUCGUGAAACACUACGAGCUCAAGCAAUACAAAAAAGGGCUCAAAGCGGCUGAUGUAAUCUUGAAAAAGUAUCCGGACCAUGGUGAGACGUUGGCGAUGAAGGGGCUCACGCUCAACUGCAUGGGCCGCAAGGACGAGGCGUACGACUUUGUCAAGAACGGACUUCGCCACGACUUGCGCAGUCACGUCUGCUGGCACGUGUUUGGACUGCUCUAUCGCUCGGAUCGUAAUUAUUCGGAAGCCAUCAAGUGCUACCGCAAUGCGAUCCGGAUCGAUCCUGAAAAUCUGCAGAUUUUAAGGGACUUGUACCUGCUCCAGGUGCAAAUGCGGGACCUCAAGGGCUUUGCUGAGACACGCCGUACACUUCUGAUGCUCAAGCCCAAUAACCGGAACAACUGGAUUGGCUUUGCCAUUGCCCAUCACUUGGUGGGCAAUUACCAGAUGGCCAUUGAUAUUAUUGACAAGUACUUUAGUACUAUGGACAGCUCCAGUGCAGCCAACUAUGAAGACAGCGAGAUUCACUUGUAUCAGAACCAGUUGCUGGAAGAAGCAGGGGACAUUGACAAGGCACUCGCCAAUUUGGAGGCGAACGAGCGUCAGAUCACUGAUACGCUGGCAUGGCGUCAGAAAAGAGGACAGUUCUUGCUGCAGCUUGAGCGAUACGACGAGGCGCGGGACGUGUUUGAAGAGUUGUUGGCGAUCAAUUUUGACAACAAUGAUUUUCAACGCGGACUGCAGUGUGCAAUCUUGAAGCGCAAGGAUCUGUACGGCGCAACUACCUCGCAGCACAAACAGAUUUCUCUUCCGUCUGAAGUGGUUGACUUUUCGAAAGAUGAGAUCGGGCCAGAGCUUGAGAAGGCCCUUGUAGACUUCUACGCGGAAAAGAAGUUGACCAUUGGUGCGAACUCGCUGAUUCCACUGCGCUUUCCCAUGGAUUUUGCGCGCGGUGAGGACUUUAAACGGUACGCAGAUGUCUACCUCAAAAAGCAGCUGAAUAAGAACGUGCCUUCGCUCGGGUCGGAUCUGAAACCGCUGUGUGCUGACAAAGACAAAGUAAAGGUACUGGAAGAGCUCAUUUUUGGCUAUUUGAACACUUUGGAAGCUAAGAAACCCUUAGAUAUGGGCGACAAUUCGAUGGCAGCCAACGACACGGAACGAGUGUUGCUGUGGACGAACUACCUUGCAGCGCAGCACUAUGACCGCUUAGGCAAUUACGCAAAGGCAAUGGAGUUCAUUGAUAAGUGUAUUGGGCAGGAACCGACGCUGCUGGAUUUCUUUCAACGCAAGGCACGCAUCCUAAAGCACAUGGGUGACUUACACAAGGCCGCCGACGUAAUGGUGGAGGGACGCAAGCUGGAUUUGGCAGACCGUUACAUUAAUAACAAGGCCACCGAGUACCUUCUGCAUGCCGACCGUGUGGAGGAGGCAGAUGCCACCAUAGCUCUGUUUACACGACACGAGGGCGAUCCGCAGCAAAACUUGUUCGACAUGCAGUGCAUGUGGUACGAGAUCGAGUGCGGCAAGAGCCAUCUGCGCCAGAAAAAGUACGGUCUUGCGCUCAAGCGCUUCUUUGCAGUAGAGAAGCACUUCAACGACUUUGUGGAUGACCAAUUUGACUUCCACACGUACUGCAUCCGCAAAAUGACGUUGCGUUCGUACAUGCAGUUGUUGCGCCUCUGCGACGAGAUCUACGGCCGCUCAUUCUUCGUGGAGGCUGCUCACGGUGCCAUUGCAUGCUACGAGGCCUUAGCCGAAAGAGAGAAGGUGAAGGCAGAGGAGGAAGCGAAAGCUGCCGCAGCGAGUGCCAACAUGUCCGCUGAUGAAAAGAGAAAGGUGAGGCGUGCUCUUGCUAGAGCGCGCAAGGCCGAGUUCAAGAAGAAAGCGGAAGAGGAGUUGAAUGCGAAGUUGCACAAAGAAGUCGAGGAGAAAGAGCGGGAGGCAUCGAAGAACGUCAAGGCUAAGGCGAAUUCAGGCACCACGCGCCCUAAGGACGAUGACCCACUCGGUGAAAAGCUCACGGAAAAGCCUGCUCUUGAGGAGGCAUGGCGCUUCGUAGCGAUUCUCCAGCGUUAUGCCGCAGAGGAUGUGAAGACGCACCUGGUUGCGUUCGACAUUGCUCUUCGUAAGAAAAAGUUCCUGCUGUGUUUGCAGGCUCUUCUGAAGGCGCAGGCGCUAAAGGUCGUGUCUGCAGAGGCCAGGAAGGAAUUGAGCUCCCGCCACGCUUUGUUCCUUGAGGCGGUGGAGCAGGUGACGAAUCCUGUCGUGCUGAAGGUCAUCGACGAGAAGAAGACUAAGCUCAAGAAUUAG